AUGCUGAUGGGGGGCGGAAAACGGACGCCGCCGGAGUGCCGAUUAUAUUUGCCGUCAUCUCGUCACGCCAGCAUGGGCUAUCCUGGAGUGAAAUUUGCGGCACAAAUCGCUUUCAAAAGCACGUGCCGUGCUGUCAUGAGGCUCCACAGUGGAGCCCAUCAGCACGUUACAGCCGUUGACUGGAUCGUUCCAGUGGUGGUGGUAGUGGUGGUGGUGGUGGUGGUGGCAGUGGUGGUGGGUGAUGAUGGAGAGGCGAUGGAGAUUGAAAAAUCAAUUGCGCCGCACGCGCACACAGGGGAGAAAUUUGCCGCAACGUGCAACAACUCCGAGGACCCACAGAACAAGAAGAAAGAAAAAAAGAGAGGACUCCAGGGCGUGAAAUUUAAAAUUAGCAUUCACUGGCGGGGCCUUUUUUGUCGGCCUGGCCCCUCGUCAUCAUCAUCAUCAUCAUCAUCAUCGUUGCCCGUAUUAACCGCCGCGGCUCCUGGCAACUCAAGAAAAUCAGGAGGCCUCAUGUUGCUUUUAUUCUUCUUCUGCUCUUCACCAAUUUGCAAAAGCGAUUCAAGAAGCAUGGCUGAAAAUCGCCCAACAAACGACAACAUAAAUUGUCAGGAAGAAAAUCACGCAGGUGAUUCCCCUGACAAUCAACGGGAUGAAGGGCAACAUACAUUAGAAGUAAAUGAGUCUUGCUACAUUGGACCCAAGGAGUUGAGGAUGAAGAUGCCACCUUUGAACAGUAGAAUGUUGAUACAAAAGAAAUCUUUCAGCACACCUGGACCUUUCAUUGAGGGCAAAACGAUCAAUGGAAUUAUGUCUUGUGGAGGAGGAAGCAAUGCUUCCCGGACACAUGGUCCAUUCCAACUUUUACGCCGUCGUCGAAACGACACGAAUCAUCCGAAGACAUCUGAAUCAUGGAACUCUGUCAUUUAUGACAGAUGGAGUAACCAAUUGAGACCCGAUACUGAUGACGACUCACCAAUUUGCGAAAGCGAUUCAAGAAGCAUGGCUGAAAAUCGCCCAACAAACGACAAUAUAAAUUUCCAGGAAGAAAAUCACGCAGGUGAUUCCCCUGACAAUCAACGGGAUGAAGGGCAACAUACAUUAGAAGUAAAUGAGUCUUGCUACAUUGGACCCAAGGAGUUGAGGAUGAAGAUGCCACCUUUGAACAGUAGAAUGUUGAUACAAAAGAAAUCUUUCAGCACACCUGGACCUUUCAUUGAGGGCAAAACGAUCAAUGGAAUUAUGUCUUGUGGAGGAGGAAGCAAUGCUUCCCGGACACAUGGUCCAUUCCAACUUUUACGCCGUCGUCGAAACGACACGAAUCAUCCGAAGACAUCUGAAUCAUGGAACUCUGUCAUUUAUGACAGAUGGAGUAACCAAUUGAGACCCGAUACUGAUGACGACGUCACUCAAACGGGUUUCCUUUCGUGGCUUUCGACACUUGGACUAAAUGACGACCCCGCUUUGGUCAUCAUGUUUUGCGUUCUCACAGUCAUCACCUUAUUUUUGCUCUUGGUUUAUGCCUACCUCAUCCUCGAAAAAACAGUGAUCAGCCAGGCUAUGGCCAGGAAAACAGUGAUCAGCCAGGCUAUGGCCAGGUCUCCUACUUUGACUGAGCAAGUGUAA